GAUAAAGCAAAACAAUAAUACAAAUAUAUCGCAAUAGCAUGACGUGAGACUGGAAUCUGGAUAAGAACAACUAGAUAAUCUUAAGCUUUGUUUAAAGAAAAUAUAAAUUUAUUAUAUUAGAAUUCUAUAUUUGCAAUAGUUGGUAGUUUUAUCAAUUUUACUAGCUGUGAUAAUGGAAUCUCCAGUAAAAAAGAUGAAGAUCGUCGUAUCUACUGAAGAAAAGUCUGACUGCAGUAGUCGAGAUGCACAAGAAACACAAGAAAAUGUUUUGACUUACGAUGUUUUAAGAGUGAUUUUUGGACAGUUGGGUGCUAAAGACCUCUGCUCAGCUGCUCAAGUGUGUAGGCUUUGGAAGGAUGCUGCAAGCAAGGAAGCUUCUUUAAGAAAAUAUCCUGAGUAUUUCUUGAAACGUUACAAAAUAAUAGAUAGAGACGAUGCAGACAAUAUGUAUGCUUCAGAACUUAUUGGCAAUGAGCUAAGGAUUCGACCUGUAGUGGCAUUAAUCUGUGCAAAAGUUCAAGAAGAAAAAGAAUGGACCCUCAAAGGUUGUUACUGCCAAAACCUACCUAUAGACUGCAAUGCAAUUUUUCUUGGAGGAUAUGACAUUGUACUAAAUGACUCAAAAAUUCAGAAAGGAUUUGGAAUGGCUGUGGGAUUAUUUCUUUCUGCUUUGCCUAAAUUAUCACACAAGCUAUACCAUGUUAAUAUGCACACAUUUAGUGGAUCUUCCAAUAUUGAUAUCAAUGCUCACGCUGAACAUUUAGUUAAACAAUUACUUAGUUCAAAGAAAGAAAAAUCAAAAUGUAUUAUUAUGCUGACUGAUCAUAGUGGUUAUCAAUUUUCCAAAGUCAUUAUGAAAAAUCUACGAAAGCAAUAUCCAAUAGGUAAAAUAUCACUUUGGGGAGGAAUUUGUACAGAUUUAAAAGUCUGUGAAGUAUCUUCUUCAUCACGUAAUUGUUCACAAAUUUCUCAAUGGGCAGCUAUUACUUUGUCUAGUCCUACUCUGCAAAGUUGGUCAAUUGUUUUAUCACAGUCGUGUCGUAAGGAAGAAGAAGUUCAAGAGAAAUUAGACAAAUUCAAACAGAGUAUUGCAUUGAAAAAACACUCUUUGGGACUGAUGUUCGCAUGUUGCGAACGCUUAAAUAAAAAAGAUAUGGAAAUAGCUAUAUUCAAAAGAGUCUUUCCUAAUGUACCUUUGAUAGGCCUACAUGGUGAUGGUGAAUACGGACUCAAUACUUUGAAUAAAAAACGAGAAGAUACCUUGUGGCAUGCAUAUACAACGAUAUUUUUGGUCUUGACAUAUCAAUAAGCCUUAAAUGCAGUCUGCAACUAGAAGAAAAAUGAUCGUGAUACAAUUAAUGUGAUAUAGGCUCCAAGGAAAAUAUA